AACCAAUUGUAGUGUUUGCGUACGAUGCUACGAUGUGACUUAUAAAACUAGUGUAUUCGGCGCCUGAGUGGCAACUUAUCUUUUGUCUAAGCCCGUAUGACCUAGAUAAAAAUAGAUACCUUUUCAGUACGUCGGUCAGCAGAUACAAACAUGAAGAAUGCGGCACAGUUGCUAUUUCUGUUUGUUCACUUGGCAUUCGUUGAGAACAUCGAAAAAUCGGCCAACUUCCAGACGGUCGUAACGCAAGCGAAUUACACUCAGAAUCAUAAAGUGACAUUGGAUUUUAAUACCGAACACAUUCUCAUUUAUCAAUCGACAUCGACCAUCAAUCCGCAUAAUGUUUACGUAUGGAGCGACCAGACGUUCUUUGAACAUCCCGUUUUCGUCGUAAUUAGGCAGCAGAAAUCUAUAACAUCAUGGCAGAUACCGAUGUCUUUGGAAAGACGAGCGGGCGGUAUUUUGGAAUUCGCCUCGACUUCCAGAAUUCUGUGCCACAACAAGAUGGACGUCAUAGCACAGCUGCCCCGAAAUGAACGAAACCUUUCAAGCGAAAAUUUCCACGAAGAGAUUUCCAUUGCGGUCGCAACGUCGUCUAAACUACCAACGUCGGUGAUUAUUCGAGUCGAUGAAUUCGAACACUUUUUCGUGGAAGAGCUAAAGACGUACAGGGUGGGCGCCGCCGCUAGUCAUCCCAGAUACUUCUACUACAAGUUUCCCGAUCCGAGCCAUGAAAAUUACAGCAGUUCGGUUGUUUUGGAACUAACGUCGAAAGAUACCACGUGUAUGGUGGUCUCUAUUCAAAACGCUUCGUGUCCCGUUGAAGACAGUUUGAAAGGAAUCGCAUUCAAAGGCAUGUUCCAAACAGUUCAAUCAAAAGGAGGGGUUAUUGUGAAAGAAAGAGAUUAUCCCAAUGGUUUUUUCAUUGUGAUUAUAGUACACGGGGAUGAUUCUGGGUGUAAUCAAGUCAGUUCAACUAUUCCAAAAGCUUCAAGAGGAAUAAGCACGAUCUACAAUUACACCACAAUCGUUUCAUUUCAAAUAAAGCCUACUCUUUCACACUCUUCAUACUACAUCGCAGCGUUUUCCACGUUGAUUGGUUUGCUAAUUAUUUAUGUUGUAUUUAUAUUAUCUACAUGGGGAUUUUACAAGUACGCGAAUUUGUGGAGGAAAAAUGGCGGAACUGCUCCUGAAGAUAUUACACUGGAAGAGGAAACCUGUCAGACGGAAUUCGAUGAACCUGACACUAAACUCACAUCAACAAUUCUUACCCUAAAUGUCUUGGCAACGAAGGGCGCAAAACAUUACGAGAAAAAAUCUUACACUUAUUUCUGGCAUGUGCUCAGUAUUGCAAUUUUCUACGGAAUUCCAGUGGUACAAUUAGUGAUUACUUAUCAACGAAUGCUGAAUGCGAGUGGAAAUUUAGACUUUUGCUACUACAAUUUCUUGUGCGCCCACCCCUUUUUUGACAUCAGCGAUUUCAACCACAUAUACUCCAACAUUGGGUACGUGUUCAUGGGAGCGCUCUUUUUGCUAAUCACUGCCUAUCGCCACCGCUACUUGGUGCACAAAAGAGGCCACGGGAUUCCAAAACAUUACGGUUUGUUCUACGCCAUGGGUAUGGCAUUAAUAAUGGAAGGGAUAUUGUCAGCCAGUUACCACGUCUGCCCCAAUCAAUCUAAUUUUCAAUUCGACACAAGCUUUAUGUACGUAAUGGCGGCACUUUGCCUCGUUCAACUGUACCAGAAACGGCACCCUGACGUUAACGCGGACGCUUACGCCACAUUCGUAGCGUUGGGAAUUGCAAUUUUUUCCGCGAUGUUGGGGGUUUUAAACGGUCAUAUCGCUCUCUGGAUUGUUUUUAUUAUCGUAUACAUUUCUUUUUGUUUUUACGUUUCGUUUAACAUAUACUUUAUAAGUUAUGUAAGGAAAGGUUUAACUAGCGUGUAUGAUGAAUGGCAGGAAGAUCGUGAUGUAAAGAAGGCACUUGAACCUAGACGGAAAGCUCACUUUAUCAUAAUUAUGGUGGCCAACGUACUAAAUGUAAUACUGGCCUGGAUGGGUAUUGUGUGCCAUUUUAUGGGUACAGACUUUGCAACAUUUCUACUGGGACUUCUGAUGGGUAACACGAUCAUGUACGCAGUCGUAUACAUAAUUAUGAAGUAUGUGAAUCAUGAAAAACUAUGUGCGCAACCGAUCUUAUAUGCAGUACUGGGCAUGAUUAUUUGGGCGUUUGCGGCGUAUUUCUUUAACAGCAACACUUCCUUAUGGAGUGUGUCUGCAGCAGAAUCCAAGGAGUAUAACAAGCACUGCAUUGUAUUAAAUUUUUAUGAUAAUCAUGACGUUUGGCACUUAUUAAGCGCCGUCGCACUAUUCUUCAGUUUUAUGCUGCUGUUAACUUUAGACGAUGAUUUAAUUAAUACUCCACAUACCAGUAUUAUGGUAUUCUAAUGUGUCAAUUGUGAGGCUUAAAAAUAAACAAUGAAAUGGUCA